UUGGAAGGAAGAAAAUAAUAAAAAGAGAAAAUGGGGUCCAAAUUAGUCGGGGGAGGAAAAUAUGGCGACGGCUUUGUUCAACACGACCACCACACGCUCCUCUAACCUCUACCUCCUCCACCACUCAAUUCUUCCGCGGCUUCAGUUUCGCCGUCGAAGUAUCUCCUUACUCGUGACUCCUCGCAGCUUACGCCGCAUCGCCGUCGCUGGUGGCCCUCCAUCUCCUCCGACUCCUGAUCCGCCUCCGCCUGAGAAUACUACUCAGCUCGAAGGUCUUGUGGGAGCUGUGACAAGGGUUCAAGACCGUGUAAAGAUCUUCCUCGCAGUGCUGUUUUGGAUGUCUCUCUUCUUCUGGGUUACAGUGACCGAUGGGAGGGGUAAAGGAGGAAAAGGGAAGAAGGGCUCACGUUUCAAAUAGUUUUCCCAACUUGGUCAUCUAUGUUCGAGAGGUCAUUCUCCCCAAGUAAGUAGGCAUCUUCGAUCAGUUAUUUCAGAUGAUAAUAGGAUACAGUAAUAAUAUACAUGAUAUAUGGUGAGAUGAUUCUCUUAUGUUAUCUUUGUUAAUUCUAUAAUAUUAUAUAGUUAUCAUCCCCUUUUCGUUGCUCUAGAAUGUAACAUGAUGAUAAACUAUCGCCAGAUCAAUUUUCAUGCAAGUGAUGCUUAGUCAAA